AUGGAAGAUAGUAUUAAUCAAGAAGCAACUGCUGAUAACAAUGCUUCUGUGAAUAAUAACAUGUCUGUCGAUACUCCUAUUCCGAAUGAUGCUGCUAAUCCUAAUUCCCGUAGUGCUAACGAUAGUCAUUCACAAGGUUCUUCUAACCUUAGGGGAAAAACAGAUUUAGCUUGGAAAUAUGUUGCUCUACAACACGUGAAUGGAAAACCACAGUAUCAAUGUUUAUUUUGUCUACAAGUUUUCAAUGGAGGUGGAAUUCACAGGAUGAAGAAACAUCUAGCAAAGAUUACUGGAGACGUGAAAAAAUGUCCUAAAGUUCCAUAUGAUGUGGAAAAACAGAUGGAAAGUUUGUUGAAAGAUAUUCAGGCCAGCAAAAAGAAAAGAAAAGUAAGUUUUGGUGAAGAGGGUGGUGAUGAGGUAGAGGAUGCAAUUGAUGAGGCAAUAGCUCAAGAAGAACAGGAACAGCAGCGUACCUCGAGUCAGCAAGGAGUUGGAGGCGAUCCAAAGAAAAAAGCCAAAGUCAUUCCUCCUAUGUUUGCACCAAGAACAACUCCAGGAGCUCAACCAAGUAUUAAAAGUGUUAUGCAAAACAAAGAGGCGAUACACGAGGUUGAUAAACGAUUUGCUCGGUGGCUUUUGGAUUGUAAAAUUCCAUUUAAUGCUGUGAUGUCGCCAUAUUUCCAAGAUAUGUUAGAUGGUGUUGCUGGUAUUGGACCUGGUUACAAGGGGCCUUCUUAUGAUAAGUUAAGGGUUCAUUUGUUGGCUGAUCUUAAAAGAGAAAGUCAACUGCUAGUUGAUAGUUAUAGGAGUGCAUGGAAGGAAACUGGAUGUACCCUCAUGGCUGAUGGUUGGACAGAUCAAAGACAAAGAACAUUAAUCAAUUUCUUGGUGUAUUGUUCUAAAGGUUUGUGCUUUCUGAAAUCAGUAGAUGCUUCCAGUAUGGUAAAAAAUGCUUCACACUUGUGUACUUUGUUUUCUGAGGUGAUUGAAUGGAUUGGCCCAAAUAAUAUUGUGCAUGUUGUGACUGACAAUGCAACCAAUUAUGUUGCUGCUGGUAGGCUUAUCAAUAGAAAAUAUGAUAAUAUCUAUUGGUCACCAUGUGCUGCUCAUUGCCUUAAUCUUAUUUUAAAAGAUAUAAGCAGCAUGGCGCAUAUUUCUAACCUUGCAACUCGUGCUUCAAAGAUCACAGUAUUUGUGUACAAUCAUACGGUUUUCUUAUCUUGGCUAAGAGAAAGACCUAAGUGGAGAGAAAUUGUACGUCCUGGUGCAACCCGGUUUGCAACUGUGUUUAUUACAUUGAAGAGCAUCUUUGACCGUAAAAAGGAGUUGCAACAAUUGGUUGUAGAUUCAAUUUUCACUGAUCACAAAUUAGGAAGGAGUGCUACUGGUAGAGCUGUGAGUGCUAUUAUUCUGGAUGCAAAAUUUUGGGACGAUUGCUUUACUGUAUGUAAACUUGUGAGCCCUCUGAUUUACUUGCUGAGGGUUGUUGAUGCUGAUGACCCCCCAUCUUUGGGGUAUGUUUAUGAAGGAAUGCUAAGGGCAGAAGAUGCAAUUAAGGAGAUGUUUAGGCAAUUCAAGACUGCAUAUCAGCCGUACACAGAUUAUCAACUCAAGAUGGGACAAGCAUUUGAAGAAAGAUCUUCAUGCGGCAGCUUACUUCCUGAAUCCUAA